GAGGAAAAUGUCCUGUAUAUGUGUUAGUGUAUCUGCAUGACAACAAAGCACAGAAGAACACCAACAGUGGGCAUCUCUGCCUCAAAAUUUUCAUUUAUAAGAACAGAAGCAGUCGAGAUGAGAACCAUCGAUGAGAAGGCUCCAUCAAUUCUCCUCCUUUUCACCUUUCUUCGGUUUCAGCUUUUCUUCCAGAUUUUGUUUUCCUUUUCGGGUUUCUUCAUCAAUCAUCACCAAAAAAGAUCGAAUCAAACUGAUCAAAUAAGAUUUUAGAGAAGCUCAAACUGCAUGCUGGUUUUGUUCUUAGUUUUAAGAUUUUAGCUUGGAUUGUGCGGAGAAGCCAAAGAAAAGCGACAGAUGCAACAAACCUAGCUUGACGAACAAGAAGAAGAAGAAGAAGAUAAAAGAAUUUUAAUUCGUAAAUUAAAUUCAAAGAUGGCCGCAUCCUCCUCGUCGGUGCCAUUCUUUGGGCUCAGAGAUGAAGAUCAAAACCAGCUUAAACAACAGCAUUCCUCACCAGCAACAGCUCAGACUUCAGCUCCUCAGAAGAAAAAGAGAAACCUUCCCGGAAAUCCAAAUCCAGAUGCAGAGGUAAUCGCACUAUCUCCCAAGACCCUAAUGGCAACAAACAGGUUCAUAUGUGAGGUAUGCAACAAAGGAUUCCAAAGGGAGCAAAACCUACAGCUCCACAGAAGAGGACACAACCUGCCUUGGAAGCUAAGGCAGAAGACUACAAAAGAAACCAAGAGGAAGGUGUAUCUGUGCCCCGAGCCCACUUGCGUCCACCACGACCCCUCCAGAGCCCUCGGCGACCUCACCGGCAUCAAGAAGCACUACUCCCGCAAGCACGGCGAGAAGAAGUGGAAGUGCGAAAAAUGCUCUAAGCGCUAUGCCGUGCAGUCCGACUGGAAAGCUCAUUCCAAGACCUGCGGUACUCGAGAAUACAGAUGCGAUUGUGGCACUCUAUUCUCUAGGCGAGACAGUUUCAUAACUCACAGGGCCUUCUGUGACGCACUGGCUCAAGAAAGCGCAAGACAUCCUACCACCUUGAACUCCAUUGCAGGAAGCCAUUUAUAUGGCAAUACCAACAUGAGCUUAGGCAUAUCCCAACUUGGUCCCCAAGUUUCCCCAAUGCCAAAUCACAACCACCAACCUAAUGACAUGUUACGCCUCGGUGGCCCCCGUCCUGGGCAAUUCGAUCACCUAAUGCCUCCCGCAAUGGGUUCGGCUUUCCGAUCCCCUCCCUCAUCUAUGCCUUCGUCUGCUUUCCUAAUGCCUGAGCCAAACCAAGAUUAUCACGAGGAGCACCAAUCUCAACAUGGGUUGUUUCCAAACAAACCAGUCCAUGGACUAAUGUCGUUUUCCGAGCUUCAAAACAACCAAAACAAUCCUUCCUCUGCUGCCAAUUUCUUCAACUUUGGCUUCUUUCCGAACACUAGUGGUACCAAUAGCUGCAACAAUAUUAAUGCUACCAGUUCUUCUUCCAGCCUUUUAAUUCCAAAUCAGUUCCACAGUGGGAACGGUGGCAACAUUAGUACUGGCGAGGGGUGUAGCCUCUUCUCAAGUAGCUUGAAUAUGGGGGAUCAAAUUACUUCAGGCUUUUCCUCUCUCUUUAGCAGCACUUCGCUUCAGAAUGCCAAUGUUAAUGUGCCACACAUGUCUGCCACAGCACUGCUUCAAAAGGCUGCUCGAAUGGGUUCGACCUCAAGCGGCGGUGGCGCCUCGUUGCUACAAGGCUUGGGAAGCUCUUCCUCUGCCGGUCCAAAAUCCGAUAGGCUGCCGGCUCCGGCAAACUUCAGCAGCAUGUUGGGAGAAAAUGACAACAAUCUGCAUGACCUGAUGAACUCUUUCGCUACCGGAAGCUCCUCCAUUUUUGGAGGAGUGAAUGCGUAUGGGACGCAUGAAGACGGGAACCCUUAUCAAGAUGGUGGAUACAGUGGCAAUAGGAGCAGUUUAGGAGUGCAGCACCACCACCAUAGCCCAAGUUUCUCCAACAUGGAGGAACACUCCCUCCUGCAGAAGAAUCUAUCGGGGAGUAUUGGGAGUUCUGAUAGAUUAACCAGAGACUUUCUUGGGGUUGGGGAGAUUGUGAGAAGCAUGAGUGGUGGAAUUUCACAGAAAGAACAGCAAGCUGGCAUUGAUGUGAUCUCGUUGGAUUCCGAAAGAAAGACUGCGCAGACCAGCCGAUCUUUUGGAGGUGGGGAUUUUCUGUGAGAAAGAGAUAGGAACUCAAGAGAAAGACAGAGAGUGCGUGAGAAAGAGAAGAAGAAGAAAGUACAGGUACGUGAAGAUUACACAAGCUCACUUUUUCACAAGUAGAGGUAUUCAUAUUUUCCAUUGGUGAAUGUGCCUUUAAACUGUCUCUCUCCAUUUUUAUUUUUUAUUUUUUAUUUUCACUUCGCUUCAAGGAUAAAGCAUCUUUUACUCUCACAUAAAGUUUUCGUAAAGAAAUUCAUGAACUGGGCGGGCCAACAUGGGGUUUUGUUUUCUUUCACUUGUCUUUUUGCUUUUUCGCCCGACAAUGUCACGAGUGCUGAAAGUAAGAAUGCUACGAUAAGAAGUGUUCCUUCUCUGCUAUUAGGCUCACGGAAAUAAUCCUCUUCCACGUAAUUAAACUUUGGGUUGGGGACUUUCACCUAGCUUGUUACAUGUCCUUCCCUUCCUUUUAACUGAAGUUUUUCACACAUUCUGACCAAGAUAAAGUAAAGAGUAGUCAAGUCCACCUAAGUCAACCUAGUUCAAUGUAAGAUGAAACCAUCAUACCAUCUAAAGUAAUUAGGGAAAUACAUGUCUACUGAGAAAUACAUAUGGUGCUAUAUCAAUUUGAUGCGGGCUCUCCGAGAAGUAUGAGCAUAUGCACAUGGAGUAUGAAAAUUGUAUUGAGGGUAACAGAAAUGAUGGAUAACCAACUUGCAAUGAGAGUUUUCCAUUUCUUUUUUGGAGGCUUAAUCAGGAAAGCAAUUUAGCUUCUUAGGGUUUACAAUUGGGAGAAGUCAAUUGAAUGAAACUUCGAAAGCAUAAGGAUCGAUCUCCUUCCCAAAGAAUUGUAGUUUAGUUAGUGUAUUGCUACACCAUGUGUUUGAGGAUAUAAAGAUCACUAAAGGGGUUGAAUUUAAGGCCUAUUAAAAUUCUUUCUAUGGAGUUUACUAAAAGGUUGUGCAGGUGCAAGGACUAGCCUUAUACAAGUCAUUACUAGUAUAGGAAAAACACCAUAAUGAUGAACUUUUUUGUUUGUGAAAGGAAGUUUGGCAUAGAAUGUUGCGCUAGGGAUACAAAGCUUAAACCAAAUGUGAAUGAUAACCUCCACAUACCAUGUUAAUUGAAUUUUACCAAUAAAAGAUGUCAUGAGAACAUAUUAUCAAUCAAUAGCUCCACAAUGUCAUGUGGUGGUAUUAGAAAGGAAAGAAGAGAGCUAGUCUUUUUAUGAUUGGCAAGUGGAUGCUUGAAAGGAAUGACCUAGUAUGAUAGUAACAAUAGUUGAGGAGUUGAUGGCCCUAGACUUGGUGCUGGUGAGGUAUAUUAGAGUAUGCAAAUCGGCUCCCAGCUUCAAGACAUGGUGAGAUCAAUGUAAUUCAUAUCCAAAUUAAUUCAAUUCCAUAGAUAAGUCAAGCAUUAAUCUAGAUGUUAUAUAUAAUGUGAGAGCGUAUCAUAGAUUUAGCAUUGUGACCAAUUUAGCUGAAGAGAUUAAAUAAGUAUUAUAUAGGAUCCAAUUUAUUUGUGAAGUAGGAAAACUUACUAUAGUUUGGAGGGCAAUAUACUAUCCUAACUUGGCAAACAUCAUAAUUGUGAAGAUUAAUGCUAAGGUUCUAUAUAGAUUUCAUCAAUCUAAACAAGGCCUACCUCAAAGACAAUUCUCUUUUUUAUUGGAUUGAUCAUCUAGACAUCAUGAGUUGGUUACAUAUAUCUAUGGAUGCAAACUUUAGGUACAACUAGACUAUGAUGUGCCCAUAUAAUAAAGGGAAAUUAUCCCUCAUUGAUUUAUGGAAUUUAUUGUUAUGAGAUCAUUUCUUUGAGCCUAGAAAGGUACUAAGAUGACCUAUUAGCACAAAGCUAAAAAAAUAAAAAAUGAAAAAUAAAGGCCAAAUCACUUAGAACAUGAAGGAUUGUAUAUAAAUAUGAUUGUCAAAUGUGAAGACGUAGUUAGCACAUAUAGAUCUAGCAAGAGCCAAUUUAACACUAAAAAGGAAUAAUAGUACUUAAGCACUAAUUAUUGCGCAAUGAUAGACACUAUAUCUCAUCAUAGAAAAUUUUAUGUCCUAGAAUUUCUACUUAUAUGUGAUUACUCCUAGUCAUGGAAGUGGGGCAACCAAACUUUGUUGACUCUCUUACUUUCUAGAGCAUCACGUAGUGACGACUCUACAUCCAACUAUUCUAGGGCAUGUUAACUUGUGCACUAGCUUGAAAGAAGACAUUUGUAUUUGUUGAAGUUUCCAUUAUUGAGGAAAGAAUAUGAUGGUUGAGUCCGAAGGAUUGUGGGACAUGAUCAAAGCCAAAUUCAUAUUUACAUAGCAAAAUUGAGUAAUGGAACCUAAAAUUGUCACAACACAAAAAAAAAAAAAAAAGGAAAAAAGAGUUCGUAUAGUGGGUAAUGGGCUUGUUAUCUAAUAGACUUAUCAAACUAGCCAAGCAUGUAGCUAGAUAACUCUUCAUUGUCAUAUUUUGGCCCAACAUUAAAACUUCAAACUUUUUUUAAAUUAUGUGAUUCAAGUUUUUUAUUAUUGAAAUUAAAGGACAAGCAAUCCACUUCAGAACAAGUUAUCAACCCUAAACACAUAAGUUGUCUUAAUAUACCUUUCCUAGUAAUUAAUUUUUUUAGAUCCUCAUUUUAAGAUCUAUAUUAACAAAUACUCAAAAGACAUGUUAAUAUUGUUUCGGUUUCCCAAUACAAGAGUAUGACUAUGGUUUUCUAUGUCGGUAAAAGUGAAUCCCAAUCAUAUACUAGAGAAUGAAUGAUUAAUAGCUAAUUGAAAUUUAAGAGAAAGGGCUUAUUUUGUACAUAUGUGGAUUUUCUUCAAAAUAAGGAGAAAAAUUUGAUAUAUUAGCAUACAUAAAAUGAACUCUUAUGUGUUCAUAUGUAUGUAUGCAUGCAUGCAUUACUUAGUCAUGUAUGCAUAUAUACAUAGAUUCCAUACAUGUAGCUUUACCUCGUAUGAUAUUGCAUGCCAUCCACAUAGAUAAGAAUAAACAGAGUGAGUUCUCUAGGGUCCCUUUUUUAGAUUUUGUUUAAAAAUUUAUCUAAAUAUUUUCAAUAGUUUUGAUCCUUCCACAUUACUUGAAACUUUGUAUGAAAGAGAGAGCACAUGAGAGAGACAAAUCAUUUUUAGCUUCUAAAAUUAUAUUCAAGACAACAUAGCUGUAGUGUCAUCAAGAAGCAUUAGCACACCAACUAUUUUUCUUACAUUUUUUCACUUUAAUAUCUCAAUAAUAAUUAUUGUGUCUCAAUUUUUUUUCUCUUAUGUGAAAUAUACUUUCGCAUGAAUUUGAGGCUCAUUUCAUUUAUUUAUUGAAAAUAUAAAAAAUUGUGAUGACUAACAGGCUUUACAGUCUUGUAGGAACUCCGGGUUACAACAAUCAGAAGCAUACACUUUUCUCUUCCAGCCAAGCUGAACACUCCAUGUAUGCAUCAUAAUCUUGUUAUCAAGUCUUCAACAACAUAAAAAUUUCAAUAUCUCAUCCAAAAUAGUAAACUUUUGCUUUUAUCCCGUAUUAUAUGUUAUCUUUUGAAUGAAUCUUAGAUACAAGUCACAUAGUAUGGGUGACAACUUCUGCAAGCUAUAUGUUCCCAUUUAAAUUGCUAUAUUUGUUUCAAUAUAAGUUUAUGAUGACAGUGUUUUCUUGGAUAAGUAUCAGAGAGAAUUUAUGAGACCA